UCUCGAGGAGGAUACGAGCCUUGCCCAGGUGUCCCUCCUGCCUCGAGCCAGGUCACUCUCUCUCUCUCUCCUUGUACAGUGGUCCAUGCUGUGGACGGCACCGCCGAGAACGGGAUCCACCCCCUGAGCUCCUCUGAGGUGGACGAACUCAUCCACAAAGCAGACGAGGUCACGCUGAGCGAGGCGGGGUCCACGGCCGGGGCGGCAGAGACCCGGGGCGCUGUGGAGGAGGCAGCCCGGACCACGCCCUCCAGACGGGAGAUCACCGGCGUGCAGGCACAGCCAGGCGAGGCCACGUCCGGCCCGCCGGGGAUCCAGCCCGGCCAGGAGCCCCCGGUCACAAUGAUCUUCAUGGGUUACCAGAACGUAGAGGAUGAGGCCGAGACCAAGAAGGUGCUGGGCCUUCAAGACACCAUCACGGCAGAGCUGGUGGUCAUCGAAGACGCGGCCGAGCCCAAGGAGCCCGCGCCGCCCAACGGCAGUGCCGCCGAGCCUCCCGCAGAGGCUGGCUCCAGGGAAGAGAAUCAGGCCGGGCCCGAGGCCACCACCAGCGACCCCCAGGACCUCGACAUGAAGAAGCAGCGUUGCAAAUGCUGCUUGAUCAUGUGAGCCGGCCCCCGAG